CAGGCUCGAGUUAGAAAAAACAGGAGACGACGUUAAAUUUUCUGCAAACUUUAACUGAAUUAUAUUCAAAAUUAUCAUUUGACGUUACACAUGAUGACAUAUGUAGGACAUUGACUUAUCGGAUACAUUUUAAUUAGUUAAAUAAGUCCAUAUUGGUUUGUAUUUUAAAAUAAUAAAGUGUUUUAGAUCGUAGAAAGAUACCGAGUUCAUUGACCUUGCACAAAUUAUUUUUUCCUUCGGACAGAGAAGCACACUUUACAAGCUGGUCGUGGGUCGGCAAGAGCCCCUCUAAAAAAUUAUUUUAUUUACGUUUGGUUAAAGUUUUUAUCAUAAAAAUUGCACGUAAUUGCAAUAAAAAUUUUGAAUUUCUUUAACAAUUGCAACAAAAUGGAGUCUUCGACCAAUUUUUUGCAAAUUUUGAAGAGUCAGUUUGGGUCUACUGAAGAAUUCGGUCAGUUCGAACGAGAUUUUUAUUCUCAAAAGGAAGAAGUUGCAAUGUUGAGGGGAAACUUGAAUGUAAUGCGGUCAACAGUGGUGAAAUUACAUGAAGAAAAGCGAGUAUUGGAGCUGCAACUCGUAUCAGAAAAAGCGUCUCGGGAGCAAGAUUCCAAAAACUACAUAACGGACUUGGAAAAGAACAAUAUGCAACUCAAUACAAAAACGUAUUCAAUUAAAUGCGAAGUGGAGACUUGGAAGAGACAAGCUGAAGCUACAAAGAAGGAAGCCGUGUGGUUAAAGGAACAGCUCAAAACGGUCGAGCUCGAAAAAACAGAGGCCAUUCGAAAGGUGGAAGAUUUUGCUCGACAACACAAUGGAAUCGAACAAUAUAGAUUGUCAAUCGUGGCUUAUCUUAAGCGUCAUAAGGAUAACAUGACAGAUAUUCAAAAGCGAAUUGAUGAACUCGAAAAAGCAAAACUAGCCUACUCUUCCCUCGUUGAGCAAACCGAAAAGCAGGUGAAAGUAAUGGCCGUGAACUUGAAAUUCAGGGAGAAAGCUCAAGUUAUAUCCGAGUCUCGAAUUAAAGAGUUGGAGCAAGAAAUAAUUCGAGUCAAGGCUGAAUUAGUUCAGAACAACGCAGAGCUACUGAGAAAUCGGGAGCUCCAAGCCAAGACUGAACAGUUAGUUAACAAGCUAAUUGUCGAAAACAAAGAUCUUCACAGUGGCUUCAAUGUUCUCGUUUCUUCAAUUAAUGACGAUAUAAGAGAUGAUGUCAAUGCAGAUAUUUUUAAACGUAUUCCCCUUCUCCACGACGAAAUUAUGAGGGACGUAACUAAUCUUACAUUGCAUAAAUAAUUUUUUUAAAACGUAUUUCCUGAUUUUUGUAAAUGGUAGUAAAAAUAGUUAGGCCAUGUAUAGUUGGUCAAUGUCUAUUUAGUUUAAGUAUGUAGUAGCAGAACACCUGUGUUGUAUGAAUUAAUUAAUUGCUAAUUUUUAUUUAACACGAAAUUUAAGUGACCUUCAUGUCUAAGGAUGUAAGUGAUUAGUCAUUGCUAAAAACUAGAAAUAAAUUAUUUGCAUAAAUAUA